AUGAAAGAAACAACUAAUAAUAAUAAUACGAAUAAUGAUAACAAUGAUAGUACAUCGAUAGCAGUAUCGGCAGUUGAUGAAAAAGCAUUGGUUGAUAAAUUAGAUGACAAUGAUAUCGAAGAUAGAUUAGAAAAGGAUUUUGAAAGAUCACUAAGACAGUUUGGUAUAGGUGAUAAAGGAAUUGAUAUAUUUAAACAAGGUGAUGGAUCACUAUUUACAAGAAACGAUCCAACAAGAGAAGAAAUUGAAAGAAAUAAACAAAUGAUUGAUAGACAAGGAGACUUGUUUGCCAAAGCAAUAGAAAUGGAAGAAACUAUUGAAACUCUUCAACAAGAAAUAUCAUCACUCAAGAAACAAUUAGCAGACAAGGAUAAAAUGAUAGCAUCACUACAAUUAAAGAAAUAA